GCCGCCAUCAUCUCCGCGUCAUUCUUAUCAUGGCGGAACAAAGUAGAAUGAAGAUAAUUUUCAACAUACAUUAUUAAUCUUUAUUGCAUAAAUAUUGAUGUGAUUCUUCCAAAAUUUGGUCACUACGCGAAGGGGCUUUCAGGGGUGGGCGGAAAAAAGCGAUGGCGGAGAAUAGAAGUUCGGACAACGUCGUUAUGCCGGACAUUACCGAAGUAAACGACGCCGAUCCCUUGUCGACAGCAGCCGAGCGCAAUGCCGAGUGUUCUGAAGGCAGUUCUGUUUUGUCUGCAGGAAUAAAAACCGUUCGACGUUCGAGUGAUACCAAUGGUGUUGUAACAGUGCCCGUAUCUUUACCAGUCGGUACUCUUAUUACAGGCACUACCUUCAACGUUAUCACAUCCGACCAGCUGCAGCAUUUUAAGCCUAUGAUAUGCGUGGAUAAUGGUUUCAUAUCAGGUGGAUCCGUUCCUGAAGACAUAAAACCGACCCAUAUAGUUAUCCAGAAUACUCCGUCACCACCACCUGUACGUGACCCAAAAGAUCAUGAAACAACAUCCAAUUCCAAUACAAAUAGGUCGUCGGGUACUCGAUCAUGGGUGGAUACGGCGAAUAUGCCGGUUCUCCCUGUAAGAUGUAAAAAUACUUCAGCAGAACUUCACAAGCAGAGAUUAGGUUCUGGAGGUCGAGGCAGAUGUAUUAGAUAUGGGAUGGAAUGGUAUACACCUAGUGAGUUUGAAGCUCUCUGUGGUCGGGCUUCAAGUAAAGAUUGGAAACGAUCAAUAAGAUUUGGAGGCAGAAGUAUACAAGCAUUAAUUGAUGAGGGUAUAUUAACUCCUCAUGCAACAAGUUGCACAUGUGGAGCCUGUUGUGACGAUCAAACUGCUAUGGGACCAAUAAGGCUUUUCACACCCUAUAAAAGGAAAAGAAGAAAUAACCAGGACGGAACUGAUGAUAAAAAAGCAAAAGUAAAACUGGAAACUAUUAGCGAUGCUGAAGUUGAUAAUAUACAUCAGUCUAGCAGCAAUAGCCACUCUAAAGAGGCAUGGCAGACAAUUGCUGAAGGGCUGGAAACAAAUACAGAUUAUCACCUAUUAGCCAGCCCAGAAACAAAUUCAGAUCCCAUUCCAGUUCUGCCGGACAUGAACAAAGUAUUAAAGCGUCUGGAGGAUAUUGGACAGAAUUUAACUCGGCUAUCUAGUGAAUUCAAACAAUGUGUUGAAGAUGUAAGAGUAGUAAGCACCAGACACUUGGAGCGUCUUGAGCAAGAACGCACAACUGCUAUUCUUGCUGCAAGUGUAGAUGCACAUGUGGAAGCUGAGCAAGUCUCUCUGCAUAAUGUUGAUGAAUCAGAGUCUAAAAAGGUAUUUCAGUGCGCAAACUGCAACCGUGAAGCUUCGGCGGAAUGUUCUCUCUGUAGGAGGACGCCAUAUUGUUCAACAUAUUGCCAAAAGAAGGAUUGGGCAUCUCAUCAGAUUGAAUGUCUUCGCUCUGUGCCUGCCGCUAUUCACACUGAUUCCCAACAGCACCAGUCGAUUAUGCUCAUUGUCGAGAGUCAACAUCAAUAGUAUUCAGCACCUGCGUAUUCUCGACAAGAAUCAGUGAUCAAGCGUGUAUGAUACGAUCACAAUCUUUCGGGUUAAACAGAUUAAAUCAAUAAUUGAUGCAAAUGUUUAAAACGAAAACAACUUAGUUAAAUACUUUUAAUGAAAGUGUACAGUUAAUCUUAAAAAAUCAUCUGGAAGUGUUGAUAAUAUGAUUGGUACUUAUUACAGGAAUGAAAUGGUUAAAGUUGUAAAUUUAGUUAUUUGAAAUGACUGCAGUAAUUUAAAAAAAAAUAACCCUUGUCAUUUGGGCUAUUUUAAAUAGUGUUAACCUAUAUUGGGUUAUAUAUAAUUAAGUUAUAUUUAAUAAGUAGACUAAAAAAAAUAUAUUUUGUUGUGUUAUAUCUGUAAAAUUAUUGACUUGAAUAUAAUUGUUUGGGUUAUUUUAUAAAUAUUAGAGUGUUUAAACUUUACUUGUUGUUUCAACAAGAAUAUCAAAACCUUGAAACGCUUUGUGCGUUUGUUGUGUAUGAUUGAAGUGAGCUUCCUAUUAUUUUUGGUAUACAAUAGUUGUAUUAGUAUGUAUUAUAGUAUUUUAGUAGUGUAUGUUUGGUAUCAGUUUGUACACUGAAAUUAUUAUUAAUAUGAAUUAAACCUUCCUUUUUUUAGAAACUAACUUUAUAACAUAAAAUGUCUACAUCUUUUUUUUAUGUUAUAGGCAGGCGGACGACAAAUGGGCCAUCUCAUGGUUAGUGGUCACCACUGCCAAUAGAAAUUGCCGUUGUAAAAAAUAAUAACCUUUACUUAUAUCUCCAAUGCGCCAACAACCUUGGGAACUAAGAUUGUCUCUAAAUACGUCCCUUGUGCCGGUAGUUACACUAGGUCACUCAUCCUUUAAACCGAAACUCGGAAUAUUUCUCUUGUCAAUGAAAUAGUUACAUUAAAUUAAAACUUGCCAAAUCUUUUCCCGGAGAUAUUGAAUUUAAUUUAAUUUUAAUAUUGUAAGAGGUGGUUUCUAUUUUGUAGUGUAAUUUGCUUAUGAA